GCUUGGCAUCCCAUCAUGGACGAACGGGCACAGAUCAAGCCAACUUUGCCUCGCGACAAUCCUACUCUGUCGUACUGGCAGGAUCCGCCAGAUCGAAUCGCCGACUUUAGAUCUGGCAAGCAACUCCCGGAAUCAGCUGACUAUGUAAUUGUCGGCGGCGGAAUCACCGGUGCAUGCAUAGCCUUUAAUCUUUUGGAGCGGCAACCGCAUGCGAAGAUUCUUAUGUUGGAGGCUAGAGGCGCAAGCAGCGGAGCUUCAGGACGAAAUGGUGGCCACACCAAAGCAGCAUCUUAUCGCGCCUUUCCGGAGCAUGCACAUGCUCAUGGGAUACCCGAAGCAAUCAAGAUAGCGAAGCUCGAACUUGCCAAUGUCCGCGCCACGCAUGCUUUUGCUGCCAAACACAAUAUAGUGUGUGAGUCUAGACCAUGCGAGACCGUCGACAUCAUCUACGAUGCGGAUGCGUAUGCCUCUGGAAUAGCUUCCAUUAAGCUAAUCCGUGAAUCAAUGCCUCCGAAUGACCCAGCAGCGAAAUACGAAAUCUUGGAUGCCGAAAAGGCCAAGGAGAUAUUCCUCGUAGACGGCGACGAUGUCAAAGGCGCAUUCAAGUACGAGGCUGGUAGCAUCAGCGCCUACAAGUUCGUUAUCGGAGUCCUCAAACUUUGUCUCGCCAACCCAAACUUUCAGCUUCAGACGUUUACACCUGUAGCCUCAAUCUCAAAGUUAAAUGACAUGGGAAUAUGGGUCGCGCAGACAUCACGAGGGGCUGUCACGACGAAGAAUCUUGUCCUUGCUACGAAUGGGUAUACUGCACAUCUGUUGCCUUUAAUGCAGACCAAGAUUGUUCCUCUGCGUGGUCAGGUAACUGCUCAUCGUGCUGGGCCCAAGAUUCAAUCUAUGCAUCCCGAUGGCUUGCCAACUACGUACUCGUUCAUCUAUUCAAUUGGUUAUGAGUAUAUGAUCUCGCGGCCUCGCUUAGCUUCUGUACCUGAUGACCUCGUCGGUGAUGUUGUGAUUGGGGGUGGCCUUGGCAUGCUGCCUAACGAAGGUUUGUCUGAAUUCGGAGAAACAGAUGAUACUGUUCUUAAUAACUUGAAUUCGGGAUAUUUGCGUGAGACGACGAAACGGUAUUUUGGAUCAAACUGGGGAGAUGAUGACCCCGCCUCAAGGGUACGCAAGGAGUGGACUGGCAUCAUGGGUAUCACAGGGGAUGGACUGCCGUAUGUAGGGCCCGUGCCGGAGGAAGAGGGUCUUUGGAUCUGUGCUGGAUUCAAUGGCCAUGGAAUGGUUCUCUGCAUGAAAUCCGCAGAGGCCUUGACACAUAUGCUAUGUGGGGACAAACGAGAAGUAUAUGACUGGUUCCCAGAAAGCUUCGUCAUCACCAAGAAGCGUUUGAAGGAUACGCUGUUUGAGGGACGCAAGGGUAUGAAAGCCCCGCUAGAGUUUGAUGGCAUUGACUUCAAGACAGCUGUGCUAAGAGGAACGACACAUUGCGGAUGAGGCAAAAUAUCAAAAUAAAAAGAAGUGCUGACA